AUGAAGGGAUUGAGAAAGGUCGAGUUCGAGGAGGUUCCGGUAGCCGGCGACAACACUGUUGGAAAGGGUGGAGUUGAUGAGGUUAUUUCUAGGGAAAUUACGCUUCUUCUCCUUCAUUUCCCUUCAUCUAUCUUAUUUCUUCUUCUCACCGUCAUGACGGACAACAAGAGUUCUUUCCAUCCGGCUCUUGCGGUUUCCAAUAUACGGAACCAUAUCUCCAUCACUCUUGAACUGGAGAAUGUCCAAUACUCUACAUGGGCGAAACUUUUUAAAAUUACUACAAGUUCUCAUAAGGUCCUUCAUCACAUUAUUCCUCCUGACAAUGGCAACGAGAAGGUACCUGUGACUGAGGAUGAAAAGGAAUUAUGGUUGACUCUUGAUGCUACGGUUCUUUCUUGGCUUUAUGCAACCAUCUCCAAUGACCUACUGCAUACAAUUAUUGAACUCGAUGCCAAGGCCAUAGAUGCUUGGAAUAGGUUGAGAGAUAUUUUCCAAGACAACAAACACUCCCGUGCGGUAACUCUUGAGGCCGAAUUCUCCAAUACUAAGAUGGAGAAUUUUUCGAAUGCUUCAGCAUAUUGUCAACGCCUCAAGUCCCUUGCUGAUCAGUUGAAAAAUGUUGGAGCACCGGUGUCGGAGAGCUGCCUCGUCAUUCAACUUGUUUCGGGUCUCACAAGUGCAUAUCGUGGUUUUGGGACGUUAAUUCGGCAGAGUGAUCCCCUACCUCAAUUUUAUCAGGCUCGAUCGAUGCUCACACUUGAGGAAGCCAUAUUGGCAAAGGAGGCCGCCACGGGCUCGGAGUCAGCAAUGCUACACCACCAGCAGCACCGUGGGAAACCGUCUGGAUAUCGCAAGAAUUCUGGAAAAAAAUCCGGUGCCGGUGGUCGUGGGUUCGACGGUGGAAAAUCUGGCCGUGCAGGGGACGGCAGUGGUAGUCCGCAGCAGUCUGGUGGGAGUCCACAACAGCAGCCACAGUGGGGGUCUUCACCUUGGCCGAAUUACCCAUCUUGGGGUUGGAUGCCUCAAUGGGCUCCUCCAUGCCCAUAUCCAAACCAGGGGUGA